AAGCUAUAGGGUAGCAUUGAAUAUAGGACAGCGUGCUUGUGUGCUGUUUCCUCAGUGUUGAGAAUGGGUGAGGUUUUCUUUACUUUCUCUCUUGAAAAACUGAUUUUUAAGUUUGCUUGUUAUUUUUGUCAUCUUUCUUAAAAUUAACCAAUAUCCAGUGAAUCAUGAGAGGAAAUUAAUGCUGAACAUUUAGCCUUCUAGCUAGAACUCCUUGUGCUACUGAAUUAGGAGUCCUCAGUUGCCAUGCACCGUUAACACACUUUCAUUCUUUAGCAUUGCUCUUUGUUCUUGAGGAAAAUGCUAUAAGAAAAUAGGAAUUUCCUCUCACCAUUACCCCUUUGGCAGUGUGUUUCAAUCUAAUUCCUGGUUGGCAUUCUGUCCCGGCUACAACCCCUUCUCUAAACUCCAUCUACUAAAAGGGGGAUUCCAGACAGACGAGGAAACAGCUUUCAAACACUGCACUGCAGGCAUAUUAAGUUAUUCCCCCACUGUGCAGUCGGGAAAUCAGGGACCACUUCUCUGGCAAUGAAUUCUAAUGAGCUGCUAAGGAUGCCGUAGGGUGUGUGCGCACAGGCGUUUUCUUUCCCCUCCCCCCCUUCUUCCUUUUCCCAAGCCCCCUCUUCUCCCCGUUUCCCCUCCUCCUCCUUUAUCCCCUCCCUCUGUGUCUCAGUUCUGCAGUAAACGGGGCUGAGGCACAUUCCUGCACUGCAAGGCUUUCUGUUAAGGAUGUGUUGUGGCUUUUGUUUGGAUUGCAGCAUGCAGAAUUACAGCUGUUCAGAGGAGACUCAUUACAACUCCUGCUGAAGCUCCUAAUCUUCCUCCCUUCUCUUCUGCCCUUACCCCUACCCUCAUUGGCCUGAAGACACUGUACCCAGAGUUUGGCUUACUCCCCCGGUGCUAUGUGUAUGGUAAACCUGGUACUAUGGCCACAUCUGGGACUGGCCAGACAACUGCUGCUGGUUCUCCCUAUUCCAAGAAGGAUUUAAAAGGGAAUUAUACUGCAGGCAAUGCACCAGAGCAGCAUCAGGAGCUUGGGGACUAAGACUCCUCUGGCAUUAUUGCAGACACACAGAGCUGACCGCAAUGACAGCAGCUGCUCCUUUGAACUGUUGGCAGCAGCCAAGCGGCAGCAUGAAGUGAGAGAUCACUCCCAAGCUCAAGAUGAACUCUACCUUGGAUGGUAAUCAGAGCAGCCACCCUUUUUGCCUCUUGACGUUGGGCAAUUUGGAAACUGUCGAUUUUUGCCUUUUGGAAGUGUUGAUUAUUGUCUUUCUCACUGUAUUGAUUAUUUCUGGCAACAUCAUUGUGAUUUUUGUAUUUCACUGUGCACCUUUGUUGAACCAUCAUACUACGAGUUAUUUUAUUCAGACUAUGGCAUAUGCUGACCUCUUGGUUGGGGUCAGCUGCCUGGUCCCUUCUUUAUCACUCCUCCACUACCCCCUUCCAGUCGAGGAGUCUUUGACUUGCCAACUAUUCGGUUUUAUAGUGUCCGUUCUGAAGAGCGUCUCCAUGGCCUCUCUGGCCUGUAUCAGCAUCGAUAGAUAUAUUGCCAUCACUAAACCUUUAACCUAUAAUACCCUGGUCACGCCUUGGAGACUACGUCUGUGUAUUUUCCUGAUUUGGCUGUAUUCCACCCUGGUCUUCCUGCCUUCCUUUUUCCACUGGGGCAAACCUGGAUAUCAUGGAGAUGUGUUUCAGUGGUGUGCAGAGUCCUGGCACACCGACCCCUACUUCACCCUCUUCAUCGUGGUGAUGUUGUAUGCCCCGGCAGCCCUCAUUGUGUGUUUCACCUAUUUCAACAUCUUCCGCAUCUGCCAACAGCACACAAAGGAGAUCCGCGAAAGGCAAGCCCGCUUCAGCAGCCAGAGUGGGGAGACUGGGGAGGUGCAGACCUGUCCCGAUAAGCGCUAUGCCAUGGUCCUGUUCCGAAUUACUAGUGUAUUUUACAUCCUCUGGUUGCCAUACAUCAUCUACUUCUUGUUGGAGAGCUCCACGGGCCACAGCAACCGCUUCGCCUCCUUCUUGACCACCUGGCUUGCUAUUAGUAACAGUUUCUGCAACUGUGUCAUUUAUAGUCUCUCCAACAGUGUCUUCCAAAGGGGACUAAAACGCCUCUCAGGGGCCAUGUGUACUUCUUGUGCAAAUCAGACCAUAGCUAAGGACCCUUACACAGUUAGGAGCAAAGACCCCCUUAAUGGAUGCCAUAUCUGAAGUGGUUCAGACACUCUGGGUCGCUGUGGUGUGUAUGUGUGUUUGUGUGUUUCCUUUUUCUCUCUGUAUUCCUUUGCAAUAGGAAAUCUGGGACAAAAUAAUUAGACUCUAAGCAAUAGCAAACAAAUGAUCAUUCAAAAAUACCCUCUAAGUUUGCAGAAAUUAUUUUCUAAAAAGUGUUUUUGCAUCAGAAGAAUCAGGACGGUGAAGAUAAAUUGCUCUUGGUUCCAGGUUUUGUAAUGUCACAAAAAUGACUACAUUUUUAAGAUUUAAAAUAAAUAAAGCCAUAUCUAACACCUCUCUUCAACGGGCAUGACUGAACCUGGGUGUGAGAAGCGUCAGCAUUUUUAAAAAGUCAUUUUCUUGUCGCUUUUCUGGGUUCUUUCCAGCUGUUUGGGCUGCAUAUGCAAUUGAAUUCUUUUAAUGUGGAAUAUUAAAAACUAGUGAUGAAUUAACAGGAUUUAAAAUUUUUCUUUAUAUAUGCCAAAGUAGAACUACACUGCAAGUUUUAGCACUGUCAUUUAGAAAGCCAAAUGUUUUAUGUUUUUUAUGUCUUAUUCUCAUGAGAGAAUUCUCAAUACAGUGAAAAAUGUGAACACCUAAACACUAAUUUUAAAAUUUUGCAGUGUACCAUAAAUGAAGCAAAAGUGCAGUCAAAUCAUGUAAUUUUUAUGAAAAAUUGAGCUGCUCUCCGUGCCGUGCUUCAUGGAGAUCUAAAGAAACGUGUGCAUAGAAAGUGAUUGUGGUGUUGUAUUUUUGCCCAUGCUUUUGUUUAUGUGUGUAUUGAAAAUAUUUGAAUUUAGAUUUCUCUUUACAGCAAAAUGUGUUUCAAUAAGCUGAAAAACAAAAGAUAGGUUAAUUGCUGCCAUUUUUCUGUGUAAUGGUGAAAACAUAUAAAAGUAAAUCUUUAGUCUUCUCUUUUUUUUUUUCAUCCAGAGAGUUUUGAAAUACCAGAAUAUCUGGGAGAAAGGUGUCCUAAGCAAUUGAGUCAGAAAAUAUACAGUAUAUGUAACUAGUACUCUUAGAAAAUAGAAGGGGAUUGAGAUGUUCUCUUUUUGGUUAAAUGGAAUCAACAAAGUAGCAUCUAAUUCUUUUUAUAAGCAAUCUUUUUAAGUUAGUGUUAAGGAAUGCACAUUUGAAUGAGAGAAGGAAAAUGAGAAAGGACAUCUUUAUUGCUAUUCUCUUUCUGAGGAAAAAAAAAGUCCUUUGGUAUAACAGUUCUUUACUUAGUCUUCCUUUUUUUAAGCCAAAGUACUAGCAAAACCUAUAGGAUGUUAUUACUGUUAACUCUGUAGAAUUAUCGAGAGUGCUGUAUAUUUGUAUGUACUAGUGCUGUUUUGUUCUUCGAGUGAUUAUCUUUAGAACAAGAAGUUUAUUUUUCUAAAAGGAGAGAAGGACUUCCCAGGAGCUCCAGGCAUGAGAGUAUUUCCUCUGCUUUUUCUACUGGUUUUAAUGUUUUGGAAGUCUUCAGGGGACUUACAUGAUCUCUGCCUUUGGCUAGAUGUUAUAAUCUGAAUACAACAAUGGUAUUCAGUGAGAUGGAAGAAACCCAAGGGAAAUGGGUUAAAGUGGCGUUUUGAAUCCAAGAAAGGACACGGAUAUUUAUAAAACAGGGAGAUAGGCUUUGGGUUUUUUUUGGUCAUAUAUUAGAAAACCUACUGCCCCCGUUUAAAGUGAAGGACAGCAGUCUUAGGAUUUUAGGUUUUAGAUACCAGUUUGAUUUUAAUCUCAAAUAUGUGUUCUACUUAAACUACUUAAUUUCAAGUGAAUCAGUGUUACAUAAACAUUGAAAUUUCAGAUUCUGAAUUCUUCCCAAAAGCUUGCUUGCUUGUUCUUUAUAUUUACUAUUAGAAAACUUGAUUCUAAGCUGUUUCAAUAUUUAGAACUCAUUAAAAUUGUAAGUUAUUUUAACAAUGAAUGGCUGUUAAAUUGCCAUUUGAAUUGGAAAACCUUUUCUCUUGGAUUCU